AAACUAUCAACUUCUAUCGAUCAGUUCUCUAUAAGAUCUUUGAUCUUCGUUGAAGAACAUAAUCCUCGCUUGCGGGUCGAUGACUAUGAAUGGCAUAGGAAGGGGGAACCUUGGGAGAGAACUCAAGAUGGAGUAUUCGAGGCAUGACCGCUCUUGUCACUGGUGGCACUAAAGGCAUCGGAUCCACUUGUGGGUUGACCGGUCAUCAUCCAUGAUCUGGAACCUUGAGAUGAGGGAAAUUGAUAGCCAGGUAUACCCUAUCCGCUUGUAGACACGUGUGGUCGAGUCGACUGUCGACCGGUUAGCAAUGUGAGUACGUCUGUACGUGAGAUGGGAAGUUUCAAAUUCAAAGCGAUCACGACUUGUCUAUAUAAGAUGCGUGAUCAUCGUUGGUGAAAAGUCAUCACUGGCUGAAAACUAGGAAUGGCAACGAAUUCUAGAUGGAGUCUUAGUGGGAUGACAGCUCUUGUCACUGGUGGCUCUAAAGGCAUCGGGGAAGCUGUGGUGGAGGAACUGUCUAUGAUGGGAGCAAAAGUCCACACAUGUGCAAGAGACGAAACUCAGCUUCAAGAACGCUUACGUGAGUGGCAAGCAAAAGGGUUUCAGGUCACCAUUUCUGUCUGCGACGUUUCUUCUCGUGAUCAACGAGAGAAACUCAUGGAGACCGUUUCCACUCUCUUCCAAGGAAAACUCAAUAUCCUUGUCAACAAUGCCGGUACGUUCAUAGUCAAGCCGACCACAGAGUAUACAGCAGAAGAUUAUUCGUUUAUAAUGGCUACAAAUCUCGAGUCAGCUUUCCAUCUCUCGCAGCUCGCACACCCUUUGUUGAAAGCAUCUGGUUCAGGGAGCAUCGUGCUCAUGUCGUCCACUGCUGGAAUUGUGCAUAUCAAUAAUGUUGGAUCCAUUUAUGGAGCAACCAAAGGAGCCAUGAAUCAGCUGGCUAGAAACUUAGCUUGCGAAUGGGCGAGCGACAGGAUAAGGGCUAACGCUGUUUGCCCAUGGUUCAUCACAACUCCUUUGGUUAACGAUUGUCUCAAUGACAAAGAGUUUAAAAAAGAAGCGGAGAAGAGGACAGCGGUAGGGCGUAUUGGAGAGGCAAACGAAGUUUCACCGCUUGUGGCAUUUCUUUGUCUUCCUGCAGCUUCUUACAUUACAGGCCAAGCCAUCUGCGUUGACGGAGGUGUCACUAUCAACGGUUUCUCCUUCAAGCUUGUGCCUUAA